UGGUUGGCAGGUAAGUCCUCAAGUCCUGCGAGUCAAACUGAGGGAGAAUUUAGCCCAGCCACUGACGUCAGCAGUAGGCGGAUGUGGACUUCCGGGUUCGGAUUUACUUUCUGUCACCAGAGAAGAAGAGUUGGGCUGAAACUCCGCUUUCUGUCUUUUCUCAAUCGACUCCUCUUCUGUGGCGUUAAAAUGACUUUCCACAGAGUUCUGUCGGUGAUUCUGGUUCCGACUUGCUGGCUCUUCGUGUCACUGGCUGACCAAGCGACAAACCCCGCCGUUGGCAGCACCACGGUGCCCAGACCCGCCGUGACGAACUCCAGCGGGUUAAACUCGACCCAGGGCGGUGGGAAGAGUCCGGGAGGAGUUCUGGACGGCUCGAUGAUCCAGAGGGCCCUGUACGUCCUCAUCGGUGUCACCAUGAUAGGAGUCCUCUACUUCCUGAUCCGAGCUGUUCGGCUGAAGCGGCCCAGCCAGAAGAAGAAGAAGUACGGCCUGCUGUCAAACUACGACGACUCUGUGGAGAUGGACGGCGUGGAAAGCGACGAGGACGACACGCUGUACGAAGCGCGCAGCCUCCGCAGAUGAGUCCUCUCCUCCUGAUGGAUCACGUCUGUGGAUGUCGGCUGAUAUUGAUUAUUGAUUGGAGAGGACAGACCGGUGACAACUGCAGGAAGAUAAAAUUGGACCAAACUGUUUUUGAGACAAAUGCCAAAGCUGCUCGAGGAACCUGAGCAAGAGAUCAUUUAUUUUUUUAAGGUGGUAUUGUAGAGUUUGUGGAGAAUCAUCAGGCCAAAUUUUUCUCCUUUGUUCAUUAUUAUUAUUAUUAUUAUUAUUAUUAUUAUUAUUACUACUACUUUAAUUGUAUUUAGUUUUUUUCUUUACCUGUUUGUUUCAUUCUGAGCUGUUCUGCUCCUCUGUCGUGCUUCAACUACUGCAGGCUGACAAACAGCUGAUCGUGACUCAAAGUGUCACCCUUACAGUUCAACAUGCCGAACUGAGACGAACCAGAACUUUCCUUCAAGUUGCUUUUAAUCUAUUCACAGCUCAAUAAACUAGAGCAGAGGGCUUAAAGGAACAGUUCACCCAAACAUCCAGUCAUCAUCAUCCUGAUGAUAUAAAGUCAGUGAAGUGUCGUAGUCCACAGAACAGUUCUGGAUCACAACCUGAUCGGGUCUUUACAUUAUCUAAUGAGGGAUUUUCCAUGUGUGGGUGAACUGUUCCUUUAAUGACAGCUGAGUCAGAUCAGAACAGACAGAUUGAUCAUGAGUCCCAUUGUUUCCUGUCUGGAGGUGAUUUCUGUAUUUUUCCAGCUGCUGUUUGGUGACACUCUUCAUCAUUUACAUUCACAUAGAAUGUGAGUUAUUUCAUUGUAUACAUUUCUACAUUUACGCAUUUCUACAUUCAACAGUUUCUGUUAUAAAGGCAAUAAAACCUCCACAUUUUCUUUAACGUGUUUCAACAUCUGUUAUUUUUAAAUUUUGAAGCUUCUGAUUGUUUCACUCUCAUUCUUUAAUAAAAAGAUAGAAAUAACUCA